ACUCAUCCACUCGUCAUCGCAGACAACCAUUCAAAUAAAGUUGAAACCUACCUUUAACUGCUUCAAACGACCAACCCAAGAAAAAAAGCACCAGGCCCCCAAACAAAAUGCUGAGCAGAACAACAGCCUCAGCCACAGCCUCAGCCUCUCUUUCGGUCUCAUCUCUUUCUUCCACGAACCCAUCACGAUUUCUUAGUCAUUUAAGCCCCAACUGUUCCAGAUUUUCGGGCCUCAAGAAGCUCUCGUAUACUUUUCCAAACCCUUUAUCUAACUUCGUAAGCGUAAGAUGGAACCGUAGUAAAAAUACCAACUACAAGGCAAAAAGAAACAAUUGUGAUCGGUCAAGAAUGGAGAAUUUCACGACUAGAGCAUUGGCAGAGCCCCUCAAGAACCCGGGGGAGCUCAUUGACUCCGUAGAGACAUUCAUCUUCGACUGCGAUGGAGUUAUAUGGAAAGGAGAUAAACUGAUAGAUGGAGUCCCAGAAACCCUUGAUAUGCUCCGGUCAAAGGGAAAGAGAUUAGUUUUUGUCACCAACAACUCGACAAAGUCUAGGAAACAAUAUGGUAAAAAGUUUGAAACGCUUGGUCUGAAUGUCAGUGAGGAGGAAAUCUUUGCAUCAUCUUUUGCUGCUGCUGCAUAUCUGAAGUCCAUUAAUUUCCCCAAAGAUAAAAAGGUGUAUGUGAUCGGUGAGGAUGGCAUUUUGAAGGAGCUUGAGCUUGCUGGAUUUGAAUAUCUUGGUGGCCCUGAUGAUGGUGGUAAAAAGAUAGAGCUAAAGCCUGGAUUUCUGAUGGAGCAUGAUAAGGAUGUUGGAGCUGUCGUUGUUGGGUUUGAUCGUUAUUUUAACUACUACAAAAUACAGUAUGGAACACUCUGUAUACGUGAAAACCCUGGGUGUCUUUUCAUUGCUACAAAUCGCGAUGCUGUCACUCAUCUAACAGAUGCUCAGGAAUGGGCAGGUGGUGGUUCUAUGGUUGGUGCUGUUAGUGGAUCUACUCGACGUGAGCCACUGGUUGUGGGAAAGCCCUCGACUUUUAUGAUGGACUACUUGGCAAACAAAUUUGGCAUUCUCAAGUCACAGAUAUGCAUGGUUGGGGACAGAUUAGAUACUGAUAUUCUGUUUGGACAAAACGGUGGUUGCAAAACUCUUCUUGUGCUCUCUGGUGUGACUACAUUGCCAAUGCUUCAGAAUCCAAACAACUCCAUACAACCAGAUUUCUACACCAAUAAGAUUUCCGAUUUCCUUCCUCUUAAAGCUGCAACUGUAUGAUAAUCGUAUGCGACAGAGGAUAAUUAUUUAAGCACAUGGUGACAUUUUCCUUAGACUUUUGUUUUCAUUAAGUCACAUUUUGGUAUCGAUUAAGUACAUGCAAAAAAUACGCUCUGUAGUUUCUGGAAUUCAACAAGAGAAUUCUUG